CAAAUGUCAGUUGACAAUUCGUAUCUUCUACGCGUGUAUGUAGUUGUGUCAAACCGUAAACUGUGACGUCACACAAUUUUCAAAGAGCGUUUUGGGCGCGAAAGAUAUAUUUUGGAUAUAUUUUGUUAAUUUAACAUAUUUAAAGCCGUUUUUAGUAUAAAAGUUAAAUUUUAGGGCAACUUUUAGUUAAUAUAGGUGAUAUAGAUCGUAAUACAAGCGUUUCAAAAAAUUGGAAACAACCCUAUUAGUCUACUAUAAAGUCUCUUUUUGAAAUACAUUUAUUAAUACCCUUUUCAAACCUUUUAACGAUAUUCGUUUUACCUAAACGUAUUUUAAUGACCUCUCCAACACUUUAGGGCUCAUUUACACGGUGCGAGAACUCGCCUGCGAGUUUCAUUACAUUGCGGUAUUUGAUCGGUCGCCGAAUUAGUUGUAACCUCAAUAGUCCGCAAUGUAACUAAAAUCGCAUGCGAGUUCGCGUGCCGUCUAAAUCGGCCCUUACUCUUUGCUCUCCAAACGUCACAUAAUCGCAUGCGACUCGCAAUACACUGCUGCAUAUGAUCAUUGUUUAAAGUCGUUGGUUCUACUUAGCCGGCAAUUGGCCAAAAUUUCAUGCCAUUUCUUGCAUUGCAAUGUGUGUACAAGCCUUAACAAACACAUGUCAAAUAGACAAGUGACACCUCCAUGCUUAAAACUGACGUAUAACCUAUAAGCUGUAAACAUUGCGCAAACUUGUUAUAUUUAUUUCAAAGUAAAAUAUUAAUUAAGCUCAAAAAUGAGUGACGAACUCCAAAAUCAAGUGCAAAGUGAUCCCAACAAACGUAAAAAUAAGAAAAAGCCUAAGAAUUUCCUUAAAAAUGCUAAAAAGUACGCCAAGAAAGGCCAGUGGGGCAGAGGCACCAAAAUGAGUGAAGAAUUGUACCAAUAUUUCUUGGGGAUUCUGGAUGCUAUGAAAGCGGGUAUCGAAGAUGAAGAUCAGAGACAGAGCUUAGUAAACAAUGUACUGGACCGAACAAAAGGCGAAGAACUAAACAUAAUCGGCAAUCAACUUGGCUGCAGAGUCGUAGAGUUGCUAUUACCCUACUCAUCACCCGAAGACUUGGAACGGUACUUUGAAGUGUUACACCCGGAACUGCGUAGGCUCUGCUCUGAUAAUUUCACAAGCCAUGUUGUUGAGACUUUACUUAGGGUAGCAAGUGAACGAGCAACAGAACAUUUACAAACAGGAGAAACAAAUAAUGAAAGUGAGGAUGAAGUACCGAAGAAAAAGAUAAAACUAGAACCGAAACAAUCUAAAUAUAGUGACUCCCAUGUCAAAAACUGCUAUGAAUUUGCUUUAAAGAUAUGUAAAUACGCUUUAAAUAAUUUAGAGGAUUUUGUUUGGGAUAAUUAUGCUAAUCAUAUUUUGAGAAGCGCUUUAAAAUGCCUUAGUGGAAUCACAUUGCUACCGAAUGAAAAGCCUAAAGUCAAUAUGUUCGUAAUUGAAAAAACUGAUAAACAGACACCACCAUCGCCGUAUAUAAAGAAAAUGGUUUACAAAAAUGUGCCGGAUGAUUAUAAAGAGUUAGUUACGGAGUUUGCGAAAAGGUUGUCAGUAUGGCCGCAGCUUAAAGACUUACCGUAUCAGAACUUAACCUCUGGUUUAUUACAAGUGUUGCUAUAUGCCAUUAAGAAUGUUGAUAAGAACUUGACAAGGGAUUUGUUAAAGCAGUUGUUGAAUGAAAGCUUUGCUCCGGACAAUUGCGUUUCAAACGGUAAUGAUGAUACUGAUGAUAAGAAGGAAGUGAAAAUUGACAUGGAUGAGGAAAAUCAGAAAAGUGUUGUUGAGGGUCGUUCGCUGCCACCUGUGUUUGAGUCAGAACCUGCUGUCAGAUUACUAGAAGCAGCGCUGCUAGUGGCAAAGAAGAAGAUGUACACACAGAUAUAUGCGAAAUGCUUCAUCAACAGACUGGAACAGUUAGCUUGCAUGCCAAUGUUGAACUACACUGUGCAGAGGCUGUUUGAUAACUGUCAGAUCAAAGAGGAGUUAGAGCCGAUGUUCGACGAGUUGUCCAACAAGUUUGCGGAUUUAUUGGCCUGCGGGAACACUGGAGUUUUGGUGUCAGUCGCCAAAGCGUGUCUGAGAGUUAAGGCGCGGCAGGCGCAGUUUGCAAAUAGUCUAGAAUCAGCUCUUAAAGUGACCCCGGACAAUCAGAAGUACUUCCCCGUGUUCGUGCUCCGACUGCUGCCCGCAGACCGCGUGGAAGUCUCCACGUUGGAGAAGGAAUACUUCAUCAAUGUCCACGGCUCGGUUAUAUUACAGAGCAUAUUAGAUUACCAACGCCCAGCCAAAGCCGUCAACGGUCUACUGGAACUGACUCCAGAACAGCUCCUCGUCAUAUUCAGCGACGCCAAGGGCAGCCACGUGGCCGACGCCUUCUGCAAGGGGCAGUUCGUCGGCGUGAAGGCGAGAGACAAGAUGAUAUGGAAGCUGAAGGGCUACUACCAGACCCUCGCGCUGUCCCAGCACGGCUCUCGAGCCCUCGAGCGCAUCUUCGAGGCGGCUUCCCGCGACCAGAAGGUCAGGAUCAUGGCGGAGCUGGCCGACAAGAGCAACUUGCUGAACAGCACUAAGUUCGGGCGGGUGGUCGCCGCCAAACUAGAUGUGGAGGGGUUCAAGAAAGGGCAGAAACAGUGGGAACAGAAAUUUAAAGGGAAAUAAAUUAUAGAUAAAAACA